GAAUCAUAGAUAUCACUUUCUUCCUUUACACUUUUUUCACAAUGCUUUGACUUUUACUAGUUGAAAACAAGAACUGUAUUUUGUCAGCACCUUAUUAAAUUUCUCAUCUCCCUCACUGAAAAUUUUUCUCUGCAAAAGAGCAAGUGCUUUUGGAGAUAAGCAAGAAACUGUAUUAUUCUUCUCUCCAUGGGGUACGACUGCUCCGAUGAUCAGGCCCGGCAAAUCCCGGAAAUGGAUUCUGGGGAGAAGCGGCUUAAUGAGCUUGGAUACAAGCAAGAGCUCAGAAGAGAAAUGAACCUGUUCAAGACUCUCGCAAUAUCGUUUUCGACAAUGACCCUUUUUACCGGCAUCACACCUCUGUAUGGCUCGAGCCUUUUAUAUGCAGGGCCUGCAACUCUGGUGUGGGGAUGGGUUCUUGUGUCCUUCUUCACAUGGUUUGUGGGAAUUGCUAUGGCUGAGAUUUGUUCCUCCUUUCCAACUACAGGUUCUCUCUACUUCUGGGCUGCUCAUUUAGCCGGUCCGAAAUGGGGUCCAUUUGCAUCAUGGUGUUGUGCUUGGCUUGAGGCCAUAGGGCUCAUUGCUGGCAUAGGUACUCAGGCAUAUGCAGGAUCACAAACUCUGCAGAGCAUCAUUCUGUUAUGCACUGGAACAAACAAAGAUGGAGGCUACUUUGCUCCUAAAUGGCUGUUCUUGUGUAUGUACAUGGGCCUCACUGUUAUAUGGGCGGUCCUCAACACUUUCGCAUUAGAAGUAAUCGCGUUCAUCGACGUAAUUUCCAUAUGGUGGCAGGUUAUUGGAGGUUUAGUUAUAGUGAUAAUGCUUCCCCUAGUUGCACUAACUACCCAAUCUGCAUCUUAUGUGUUCACAAAAUUUGACAUGGCACCUGAACAAACAGGAGUAUCAAGCAAACCUUAUGCAGUCAUUCUAUCAUUUCUUGUCAGUCAGUAUUCGCUCUACGGAUAUGAUGCUGCAGCACAUCUAACCGAGGAGACGAAAGGCGCAGACAAGAAUGGCCCGAUUGCUAUUCUGUCAAGCAUCGGGAUCAUUUCAGUUUUCGGGUGGGCUUACAUCUUGGCCCUUACUUUCAGCAUUCAGGAUUUUGGCUACCUGUAUGAUACAAGCAAUGAGACUGCUGGAGCAUUUGUGCCAGCACAGAUACUGUAUGAUGCAUUUCAUGGGAGGUAUCAAAGUGGUACCGGAGCGAUCAUUUUACUGUUUAUCAUAUGGGGUUCUUUCUUCUUUGGUGGACUUUCAAUCACUACCAGUGCUGCCAGAGUAGUAUAUGCUCUAUCAAGAGACAAAGGCAUUCCAUUUUCAUCCAUAUGGCGAAAAGUGCACCCAAAGCACAAAGUCCCUUCAAACGCGGUGUGGCUCUGCGCGGCUAUUUGCAUUCUUCUUGGACUUCCAAUCUUGAAAGUCAAUGUGGUUUUCACUGCUAUAACUUCCAUUUGCACCAUAGGAUGGGUAGGUGGUUAUGCAGUUCCAAUCUUUGCGAGAAUGGUAAUGGCUGAGACGAACUUCAAGCCCGGGCCAUUUUAUCUGGGGAAAGCGAGUAGACCAAUUUGCUUGGUGGCCUUCCUAUGGAUUUGUUAUACCUGUGCAGUCUUUCUUUUGCCAACUUACUAUCCAAUCUCUUGGGACACAUUCAAUUAUGCGCCUGUUGCUUUGAGUGUCGGAUUGGGUCUGAUAAUGCUUUGGUGGGUAUUGGAUGCAAGGAAAUGGUUUAAAGGACCAGUUAGAAACUUUGAGACGCAAAAUGAAAAGGUAUAGCAUUGCUUAAAGUUUCGAUUUUACAUACAAAAUGUGCUAGCAUACUUAGGAAAUUUGUUAAGAGUUCUGUUAUUCUCUUGGCAGUACUUUUUCCUACUUUUUGUUUUACUAAUUAUUGUAUGUACACUAUCUAGUAAGAUUCAACCACAAUACACGAAAGGAAUUUUACCAUUUUUGUCACAAGGCAAGGGAAAUUAUUAUCAGUA